AUGCGAAACCACGAGAACGCAACGGAUCCCAGUCCUGUAAGUCACGGUACUUCGCCCCAUCAUCUGCGCCCUACCUCGUUGCGAUGUGCCACAUGUUAUCUAACGUCCUGCAUCAUCCUGCACGCGCUGGUCGUCGCAUUCCCCACUUCGCAGGAAGCUGCACGUGACCCGCUCGCUGGCAGGCUAGGCCACUUAACGCCGAGCCAGGAAGCGGCAUUCACCAUACUCAAGCAACGAGUCAUCGAGGAAAAUGUCCUCGUGCCGGGUCCACUGGCUCAUCAGAUUGAGUACGAUGAUUCAACUGUCAUGUAAGUGCCUGCCCUCGGCUCUAGUCCCCCACCCGAUCCUGUCGGCACGUAUAGCUCGGCCUGAACGACAUACACACCGGCCGCUCGUGGGUUCUACAAAGAAGGGAACAAGACAACUGACGCUCGUUAAAUCUCCUGACCUUCACCUCACCUAGUCGAUACCUUCGAGCGCGCCGCUGGAACGUCGACGGCGCACUGAAACAGCUCAAAGCGACGGCCGACUGGAUGACGACGGAGAACAUCGACACCACCUACGAUGAAAUAGAGGUCGAAGAGUUCCGAGCAGCGCGCAGACUCGGUCCCAGGUACACUGGUAAGCUCGAAGGACCAUCUGCUCGCUUCAUCAAGUGCUCGCUUCGCCUCGCAUCUGCCCGGGGGUAACGUGGCCGUUCGCGCGCUAGCUUAACUUGCUGAGGCCCCCCCUCCCCCUGUGUUCAACUGUCUCAGGGGCACGAGAUCGUGCCGGGAAUCCCAUCACGGUAUUUCGCAUGGACAGUCUGAGCGACGAAGACAUUAAAGGCUUCAACAAGGAUCACGCUCGAAGUGAUCUUCGUACGAGCAUUAUGACGCGGGUAGGUGUGAAUUUCACAGGGGUUUCAGUGAUACGGCUCGUGUCGAUUGCCGACGAAGAGCUGACGCUGAGCGGGGUGAUGUGUGCAUCGCGGCAGACGGGUACAUGUUUCUACCUUCCGCUACUCAAUGAGCUGCCACGCGCGAACCCCGAGGUUCCGAUUGACUCGUUCACCAAUAGUAAGCCCCAGGUCGACCGUGAUGGCGCUGCGUGCCAGUGAUCGGAAGUGAAUUCAUUCGUUUCGCACAGUCAUCGAUCUCUCCAACAUGUCCUUGACGAAGUUCUGGUGAAUGACUCGAAGAUUUUGCUUCGUCUCACGAUACGCUUACUCACACGUCGGUUCUCGACCACUCAGGGCACUACGAGGCUACCUGCAUCGCUCGUCGACUCUGGCGACGGCGCAUCUCCCCGAGACGCUCGGAAUUCUCUACAUCAUCGGUGCCCCCUCAAUCUGGAGCGUCGUCUACGGUGUCGCAAAAAAAUGGUUCGACGAAGGGACGACGAGUAAAUUUCGAGUUUUGUCCGCGUCCGAGGUGUUCACAGGCCUGUCGGAAACGAUUGAUCCCAAGUCAAUCCCCGAGGCGUACGGUGGCAAACUCAAGUGGCACUGGGACCUUAACCAUGGGGCUCCCGUGGUCAAUCAAGAUGUCAGGGAGCUACUGGGACUCGGACCCGACGAAGUGCCGCCCUCUGGCCCUUUGCGCUACAGCGCGAGCACAGGUCUGCAAGUCGUCGGCAAGGGAAGGACGGAGGCGGAGCUCGCUUACAACGGACGUGGUCGUCGUCCGGCCAAAGAACGUACUGCAGCACCUGAAUCGAAUGGAGCUUCCAGCAAUACUUCUACCACCACGUAA